ACCAAGUACCAAUUAACAUUUUUGAAAUAUGAAAAUAAUAAUGAAUUAAAAAAAUAUAUUAAGAUUACAUGAUUGAUAAUAAAGCCCUUUAAUAAGGCGAAGUGUUGUUAUCAACAAUAAAAACUAUGCGUGGCGGACGUAUAUUGUGAAUAUAAAAAGAAGACCCAUGAAAAGAAAAAUGGGUUCAGAUAAUUUAGCAUUUAAAUAUAUAUAUAUUACAUUCGUGGUUGCAUUAUAUUGGAUUGUAUCUAUAAUAACUGUAUUCGUAAAUAAAGAAUUACUAAGCAGUAAUCGAGUAAAUUUAAAUGCUCCACUAUUUAUAACAUGGUUCCAGUGUAUUAUAUCUGCAGGAAUUUGUAUAACAUUAAGUCAAUUAAGUAAAAUAUUUCCCAGAACAAUUAAGUUUCCAGAUGGGAAUCCAUUUGAUAGACAUGCAUUUGUUAAGGUUCUUCCACUAUCGUUACUGUUUACAGCAAUGAUUGCAUUAAAUAAUUUAUGUUUAAAGCAUGUAGAUAUUUCAUUUUAUUAUGUGGGUCGAUCAUUAACGACCAUUUUUAAUGUAGUUUUUAGUUAUUUAGUAUUACAUCAGACUACCUCAAAAGGAUGUGUUUUAUGUUGUUUGUUAAUUAUUGGAGGCUUUAUGUUAGGUGUUGAUCAAGAAAAUGUUGCGGGAAGUUUAUCAAUAAUGGGUACAAUUUUUGGUAUCCUUGGAUCACUGUCUUUAUCGUUAUAUUCGAUUUAUACAAAGAAAAUUUUACCAUAUGUUAAUCAUGAAAUAUGGCUGUUAUCGUAUUAUAACAAUGUCUACUCCUGUUUCCUAUUUUUACCGUUAAUUAUAUUCACGGGUGAAGUAGGUGAAAUUAUAGAUUAUCCAAAUUUAUCAGAUUCAUAUUUUUGGAUUGCAUUAUUCAUUGGUGGUAUUUGUGGAUUUUCUAUUGGUUUUGUAACAGCACUUCAAAUAAAAGUAACCUCACCGCUUACGCAUAACAUAUCGGGGACAGCUAAAGCUUGUGCUCAAACAGUUAUGGCAAGCUAUUGGUUUCAGGAGACAAGAUCAACUUUAUGGUGGUUUUCAAAUUUUGUUGUAUUAUUUGGUAGUGCAGCGUAUGCAAGAUUUAAACAAUUGGAAAUGGAAGCUAAACAUCAAUUGCUUCUUCACAAAUAAAAUUUAUUGACUUUUAUAUUUUUUUAUGUGUAAUAAUUAUUUAUUU